CUUGUUUGAUACUGAACUGAGUAAUGAGGAGAUCCAGAGAGAAAUCAGACACUGCAUCUCCAUGAUCCUGCCUGGACCACAUGUGUUUCUCCUACUGAUUCCUCUGGGACGAUUCACUAAACAUGAGGAAACAUCAGUCAAGAUCAUCCAAGAGACGUUUGGUGAGAAAUCUUUAAAGUACACCAUGGUGCUCUUCACCAGAGGAGACGAUCUCAAGGACCAAACCAUUGAACAGUGUUUGGGAAAACCUGGAUCUCCUUUGAUGAAUCUGAUUGAAGCGUGUGGAAACAGAUUCCAUGUGUUCAAUAAUAAUCAGACUGGAGACCGAACACAGGUGUCUGAUCUACUGGAGAAGAUAGACAACAUGGUGACAGCGAACGGAGGGAGUUUCUACUCAUGUAAGAUGUUCAGAGAGAUGGAGAGAGAGAAACAAGAACAACAGAUGAAGAUCCUGAUGGACAGAGUCAGAGAAAGAGAAGAACUGAUGGACAAACUAGAAGAAGAGAUGAGGCAAGAACGACAGACAUUUAAAAAUGAAAUUGAUCAAAUUAGGCAAGGAAAAGAGAAAAUAAAAACAGAAGAAGAGUUUAAUAAGAGAGAAGAGCAAUAUAAAAGAGACAUGAAAGAGAAAGAAGAACUGAUGAAGAAACAAGAAGAAGAGAUAGAAAGAAUGAAGACAAGGAUUGAGGAAGAACGACAGAAUCAAGACAAAGAGAGAACAAGAAUGGAAGAACUCAAAAGAGAAAUAAGAGAACAAGUAAAACAUCAGAGAGAGAUACGAGACGAGAUGAGACGAGAACGAGAGAUAUUUAAACAUGAAAUGGAGGAAAUAAGACAAGAAACAGAAAAACUUCAGAUCAAAUAUGAAUCAGAAAUAGACAGACUGAUGAACAGAACAGAGAAUGAAAGGAAGAAAAGAGAAGAAGAAUUCAGAGAGAGAGAAGAACGAUACCAAACACUAAUGAAAGAGAAAGAAGAGAGUGAGGAAAAGAUGCGUGAGGAGAUGAAGAGAGAACGAGAUGAAUGGGAGAAACAGAAACUAGAGAAAAAGACAAGAAGAGAGGAAGAGACACAAAAAGGUGAAGCAGAUGAAGUUGAAGCAUAUAACGUUGAAGAAGAUGAAGUUGAAGCAUACAACAUUGAAGCAGAUGAAUUUGAAGAAGAUGAAUUUGAAGCAUAUAAUGUUGAAGAAGAUGAAGCUGAAGAAGAUGAAUUUGAAGAAGAUGAAGUUAAAGCAUACAACAUUGAAGCAGUUGAAUUUGAAGAAGAUGAAGCUGAAGAAGAUGAAGUUGAAGAUGAUGAAGCUGAAGAAGAUGAAGUUGAAGAUGAUGAAGCUGAAGAAGAUGAAGUUGAAGCAUACAACAUUGAAGCAGUUAAAUUUGAAGAUGAAGCUGAAGAAGAUGAAGUUGAAGAUGAUGAAGCUGAAGAAGAUGAAGUUGAAGAUGAUGAAGCAGAAGAAGAUGAAGUUGAAGAUGAUGAAGCUGAAGAAGAUGAAGUUGAAGCAUAUAAUGUUGAAGAUGUAGUUGAAGCAUACAACAUUGAAGCAGUUAAAUUUGAAGAAAAUGAAGCUGAAAAAGAUGAAGUUGAAGAUGAUGAAGCUGAAGAAGAUGAAGUUGAAGAUGAUGAAGCAGAAGACGAAGUUGAAAAUGAUGAAGCUGAAGAAGAUGAAGUUGAAGCAUAUAAUGUUGAAGAUGAAGUUGAAGCAUAUAAUGUUGAAGAAGAUGAAGUUGAAGCAUACAACAUUGAAGCAGUUGAAUUUGCAGAAGAUGAAGCUGAAGAAGAUGAAGUUGAAGCAUAUAAUGUUGAAGAAGAUGAAGCUGAAGAAGUUGAAGAUGAAGCUGAAGAUGAAGUUGAAGCAUAUAAUGUUGAAGAAGAUGAAGUUGAAGCAUACAACAUUGAAGCAGUUGAAUUUGAAGAUGAAGAUGAAGCUGUAGAAGACGAAGUUGAAGUACAUAAUGUUGAAGAAGUUGAAGCUGAAGAAGAAGUUGAAGAUGAAGCUGAAGAUGAAGUUGAAGUAUAUAAUGUUGAAGAAGUUGAAGUUGAAGCAUACAACAUUGAAGCAGUUGAAUUUGAAGAUGAAGAUGAAGAUGAAGCUGUAGAAGAUGAAGUUGAAUUAUAUAAUGCUGAAGAAGUUGAAGCUGAAGAAGAUGAAGUUGAAUUAUAUAAUGUUGAAGAAGCUGAAGAUGUUGAAGCUAAAGAAGAUGAAGUUGAAUUAUAUAAUGCUGAAGAAGUUGAAGCUGAAGAAGAUGAAGUUGAAGCAUAUAAUGUUGAAGAAAAUGAAGCUGAAGAAGAAGUUGAAGAUGAAGCUGAAGAUGAAGUUGAAGCAUACAACAUUGAAGCAGUUGAAUUUGAAGAUGAAGAUGAAGCUGUAGAAGAUGAAGUUGAAGUAUAUAAUGUUGAAGAAGUUGAAGCUGAAGAAGAUGAAGUUGAAGUAUAUAAUGCUGAAGAAGUUGAAGCUGAAGAAGAUGAAGUUGAAUUAUAUAAUGCUGAAGAAGUUAAAGCUGAAGAAGAUGAAGUUGAAUUAUAUAAUGCUGAAGAAGUUAAAGCUGUAGAAGAUGAAGUUGAAUUAUGUAGUGCUGAAGAAGUUGAAGCUAAAGAAGAUGAAGUUGAAUUAUAUAAUGUUGAAGAAGUUGAAGCUGAAGAAGAUGAAGUUGAAGUAUAUAAUGUUGAAGAAGUUGAAGCUGAAGAAGGUGAAGUUGAAGUAUAUAAUGUUGAAGAAGUUGAAGCUGAAGAAGAAGAUGAAGUUGAAGUAUAUAAUGUUGAAGAAGUUGAAGCUGAAGAAGAUGAAGUUGAAGUAUAUAAUGCUGAAGAAGUUGAAGCUGAAGAAGAUGAAGUUGAAUUAUAUAAUGCUGAAGAAGUUAAAGCUGAAGAAGAUGAAGUUGAAUUAUAUAAUGCUGAAGAAGUUAAAGCUGUAGAAGAUGAAGUUGAAUUAUGUAGUGCUGAAGAAGUUGAAGCUAAAGAAGAUGAAGUUGAAUUAUAUAAUGUUGAAGAAGUUGAAGCUGAAGAAGAUGAAGUUGAAGUAUAUAAUGUUGAAGAAGUUGAAGCUGAAGAAGAUAAAGUUGAAGUAUACAGUGUUGAAGAAGUUAAAGCUGAAGAAGAUGAAGUUGAAGUAUACAGUGUUGAAGAAGUUAAAGCUGAAGAAGAUGAAGUUGAAUUAUAUAAUGUUGAAGAAGUUGAAGCUGAAGAAGAUGAAGUUGAAGUUGAAGAAGUUGAAGCUGAAGAAGAUGAAGUUGAAGAUGAAGCAAGAUGA